AGGCUCAGCAUUGUGGGCAGUUCCUUAUUGUAACAGGUUUCUUCUUUUCGGCGACGGUUAUUUGUUAUUACAUGCAGUAACAUUGGGUAGCCUUUGAAUGACAUAUAAUAUCAGCAGAUAUAUAUGUAUACAGUCAAAAGAAGGAUGUUUACAGCUAACUCGGAUAUCCCCUUCAGUCGGAAAACCUGGUCAUAAUUAGGAUGUUUUCAGCUGGCGUGUGGAUGGUCAGGGAUAGUUAUGAGCACACAAACCCUCCCCUGUUUCUUCAAUGAAUCUCUCUCCGUCGCUUGUCGUCUUGUUUGUUGUGUAUUUUUGAGGAUGGACAUCUGAGUUCGGGUCUUUCUGGAACUACUGCUGUGUGUGUGCGUGUGUGUGUGUGUGUGUGAAGCGAGAGACCGGUACAGCAAAAGGGACAACGCCGGGGCUUAAGCCAUGGGAGGAAAUAAGAGCAAACCCAGAGAGCUGGGCCAAAACUCCCGGAGUUUGGAUGGCACCGUUAGCAUGAACAGUGGGGGUGGCAGCACUGUGGGGCAUCACCUCAACUCAUGUCAGCAGAACUUCACACCCAACCGGACCCCUGCAGUGGAUGGCUCACGACAUGGUGCCCAAAGCAUCGCUAAUAAUGCUGAUUUCUCCCUGUUUGGAGGAGUGGAGUCCAUGAACAGCCUCACAUCACCUCUUCGAAGCACAUUAACAGCAGGAGGCGUGACUACGUUUGUGGCGUUGUAUGACUAUGAAUCACGCACUGCCUCUGAUCUGUCAUUCAGGAAAGGAGAACGGCUUCAGAUAGUGAACAACACGAGAAAGCUGAACUGCAGGGAAGGAGACUGGUGGCUAGCCUGCUCACUGACCACAGGACAGCGAGGCUACAUCCCCAGCAACUACGUCGCUCCUUCUGACUCCAUCCAAGCCGAAGAGUGGUUCUUUGGUAAAAUUACCCGUAGAGACUCUGAACGCCUGCUGUUGAGUCUUGAGAACAGAAGGGGAACUUUCUUGGUCCGAGAAAGUGAGACCACCAAAGGUGCCUACUGUCUGUCUGUCCUGGACUAUGACAACGUUAAAGGGCUGAACGUGAAGCAUUAUAAAAUCCGGAAGCUGGACAGUGGCGGCUUUUACAUUACCUCUCGCACACAGUUUAAUAACCUUCAGCAGCUGGUCAACCACUAUCGAAAGCAUGCUGAUGGUUUGUGCCACUGCCUGACUGAUGUGUGUCCAGUGCUGAAGCCACCACAGACUCAGGGUUUGGCUCGGGAUGCCUGGGAAAUCCCUCGUGACUCUUUGCGUCUAGACGUGAAACUGGGACAGGGCUGUUUUGGAGAAGUCUGGAUGGGCACGUGGAAUGGGACAACACGAGUAGCCAUUAAAACACUGAAGCCGGGCACCAUGUCUCCAGAAGCCUUCUUACAGGAGGCUCAGGUCAUGAAGAAACUACGACACGAGAAGCUGGUGCAGCUCUACGCUGUGGUAUCUGAAGAGCCCAUUUAUAUAGUCACUGAGUACAUGAGCCAAGGAAGUCUGCUAGACUUCUUAAAAGGAGACAUGGGGAAGAUGCUGCGGUUACCUCAGCUUGUAGACAUGGCCUCACAGAUUGCCUCUGGCAUGGCGUAUGUGGAGAGAAUGAAUUAUGUCCAUCGGGACCUCAGGGCUGCCAACAUCCUGGUGGGAGAGAAUCUGGUGUGUAAAGUGGCCGAUUUUGGGCUCGCCCGUCUCAUAGAGGACAACGAAUACACUGCGAGGCAAGGGGCUAAGUUUCCUAUAAAGUGGACUGCACCAGAAGCUGCUCUAUACGGCCGCUUUACCAUCAAAUCUGAUGUCUGGUCAUUUGGGGUUUUACUCACUGAGCUGGCCACUAAAGGCAGGGUGCCAUAUCCAGGCAUGGUGAACCGUGAGGUGCUAGAUCAGGUGGAGCGUGGCUACAGGAUGCCGUGCCCGGCAGAGUGCCCUGAAUCGCUGCAUGAGCUCAUGCUUACAUGUUGGAGAAAAGAACCCGAGGAGAGGCCCACUUUUGAAUAUCUGCAAGGCUUUCUGGAGGACUAUUUUACCUCCACUGAGCCACAGUACCAGCCAGGAGAAAACCUAUAAAGAAACUGCUGUAAAGCGAUUUCAUCUGGAAGCAGGGAAGAGGAUGAAGGCUUUCUGUCCUGUGCUCCUUAAAGAGAGCAUGAGUGCUAAAGUGACAUUUUACAUGAACAUUGAUUUUCUAUCUAGUGCUGAGGCUAGGUAAUCAAUAUUUAAAUUUUAAAGUCAUAGAUCAUUUUCAGGAACUGCAGCAGACUGGAUGAUGGAUAAGGCCGGAGAGAAUCAGGGACUGUGUUAAACUGCUCUCUUUAAAACAGACGACAGGUGCCAUGUGACCGUUCAUUUAUACAGAGAACUGAGACAACAGCAGCUUUCACCAGUUUACAUAAUUAAUGACUUAAGUACUGAAUAUUUAAAAUCAAGUCCUGAUAUAACAAACAUAAAAUAGCAUUAAGUUCACAGAAGAAGAAGGAUUCUGGAGAAUGGGCAAAAUCAGGAUUGAAAAUAUACUGCUGGUAAAGACAACAUAAGUGUUAGGUUACAGUUGACUUGUGUAAUUAAAAGGAAAAGGCAACCACGUCUUUGUUUUAACUCCAAUAUUUUUGACACGUUAUUUUUAUUAUAUAUUGUAUUUGCAGUUUUAAAUAGGUGACAAUGAUUUAAAGAAUAUGUCACAUUGAUUUAUUUCUAACAAGCAUGUAUUUGUUAUAUUUCAGUGUUGUGGUAACUUUUUUUUUUGCCUCAAAAUGGUUACCACAAAAAAAAAAUCCAACACAUUCACCUCGACUGUAAAAACAAGUCCAACUAAUAGAGAUGUUUUUACUUCUCAUUUACCAUAGCUGUUUUUGUAGGUCAGUUCAUUAGCUUCUUCUUGACUCUUGUCAAGUGUACUGGAGAUUUGUGACUCUUCCUCUUGAUGAUCCCAGUCUCAUGCUCCAAAAAGCUCCUUCAUCCUGUUCACUCCAUCCAGCAUGCCCUGUCACCAAAUCCUUUUAUUUCUCACGAAAUAUAAAACCAUCAGCAACUUGGGUAGGCCCUUUAAGACACUUGAUAGAAUUUUAUUUUAUAGCUCUCUUUUACAUGAGAAGAUGUCUUAAACUGUCACUGUCUUCCAAUCCACAUCCUAUUCAACUGCUUUAAUGUUUCCUAGAAGAGGAUGUCCUGUCUAAACUGGGAUCAAGGACAAAGACUAUCAAACAGCGAGCAUUUUUGAAUCACACUAACAAGAUCAUGUGGCAGAUGAACCAUUCAAUAAACCAAGCAAAUGAAGUGUUAGAGACUCCAAACUCCAAAAUAAAGCAGCUGCCUUUAAUACAGCCUUCUCAUUUUUUUCUGAUUUCUAUCCUUUAAUAUUAUGUUGUAAUUUUAUCCAAUGUUUUCUGCUAAGAUUUUAAUCUACUGACAAAGUCUCUUACAACUGUGUUUUGCUUACAAGUCUGUUUUGUACAAUUCUACUAUAUAUAAAAUGGUAUUUUUAAUUAUAUCAUUUAUCAGAUGUUUUUGUAGAUUAGUCUGAAUUGUAAGUCAGGAACAUCAGUCUCCUCAAAUGACCAAACGAUGUGGCUUUGGGCACCUGUAAAGUGUUCAGUGUUGGGAAAGGCCUGUAUAAAUGCUGGUUGGUAUUGUCUAGAGCCUGUAACAGUCUUAAUAAAAAAAAACAGGAUCGACUUACUCUUAAUCUUAUCUUAAAUUAUGCUAUGGCCUCAACAUUUUGCUAAUUUUUUAACAUUGCAUAUGAAUUUCAAAGGGCAAAAAUAUUAAUGCUUACAGUACAUAUGUUUUUCAAAGCCCAUCAGUAAGCUUGCAUUUGACUUGAAAUGUAUGAAUAACUGAAACAUGAAAUUCUAUACAUCACUGUAUUUCUGUUUAUAUGCUGUUUAUAUUAUUUCUUAUUAUAGCCAGCCUUCUUCCUAAAAUUUGCCUCUGAUCUAUUUUUUUUAGGAGUGUUAAACAGUUUUGUAAUAAUUGUGGAACAUGUUUAUACGAUGGUGAAUGGAUCUGUGAAUAGUAAUAGUAAGGGAGUUGGUAGUCACUCGUGCACUGUUUCCUAUCAUCUGUGAUUGGUUGCUUUUCUCACUUUUGAGUGCUUUCAUGACACUGGACAGUUUGUUGUAAAUACUUUCUGCUCAUGCUUAGUGUACAUAGUCAUAUUGUUCAGAUUCUUAUUUAAUUUGUCCCUUAUGGUUAUCUCAAAUCCCACACUUGGCAGUGGUUUUCAACUUCUACUUCAACUACAACUUCAGCAAUCUGCGUAAGAAAUCAGGUGUCUUAAAAUCCCGCACACGCAUUUACGUAUUUUAUUUAGGAAUAGAUCUGACAGGGUUAAUGUGUUAAUACAGUAUGUGCGGUUGGUUGAUGGUUAGUUAUUUGACUUUUAUUGAUAAUGAUUAUCACAGCCUUAUAUUUUCAAAUGUGUUCUUUUUAACCUUCUAUUUUUACAAUUAUAGCAAAGAAGAGCAAAGAUUGCAAAAAGGUUUUACAACAUGCUGUUGUCUUCCCAAAAGGCAUUGAUGUAAUUAGCCUAUGCAGUUCUUACUCCUGUCUUUUUCACAGUUUUUCCCCUUUGCUUACAGCUUAUUGUACAGUUUUGUCAUUUAAUGACCUGUUCCUUAUAAAGACUUUGUAAUGCGAGAUGUAUACUUCAACUGUCGAUACAUUGUUUUUUUUUUCUUUUUUCUAAGUGCAAUAAACAAAAUUUUUAAGUUUG